UGUUAUUUGAGACUCCCAUGACUUGGCAUUAUCAACCGUAUCACAAGUCGAAAGAUUGCUAGUUCAGCCAAACAGAUACCGUUGGCCAUCACUACAAAACUCGCAAUCUCAUAAAAUAUGCUAAUGUGUUGACUGUAUCGAGACCAACCCCGAAAGAAAACACAGGGGAGCCAACUGCAAACGGACAAGCAGACCCUUGCAGCGAGUUCCCGAUUGAAAAAAAUGAGGACUCGUCGUAUGUUCCAAAUCGGGCAAUAGUAAAGGAACGACAUUUUAUAUCUAGACAAGAUUAUAGUGAUCUUAGUCGAGAUUUGAAUCUGUCUUAUAGAGAAACAGAGAUCCUGGGUUCACGAAUAAAACAGUGGAAGGUAGUGGAUGAUGACUUUAAAGUGACAUUCACACGAAACUUAGACUUAUCGUCAUUCGAAGAAGUUUUUAAGGCUGAUGAUAUAGACAAUAAACUUGUAUAUUGUGUUGAUGUGGAUGGAUUGUUUGCUGCCUUCGAUCACGUGUACUGCGCAAAAGAUUGGCGAUUAUUUCUGGACGGUUCUUGCAAAAGUAAGUAUUUUAUUUAUCAUAAGUGUGAGAAAACCAAAAUUAAGCAAUAUUAAAAAAUUUACGUUUAAUUCACGAAAUUCGUAGGUCUGAAAGUAGUAUUAAUUCACAACGAGAAUCAUUUGCCAACAGUUCCAAUAGCAUACGCUACUGAUAUGAAAGAGACGUAUCAAACGAUGGAAAAGAUUUUACGAUUAAUCAAUUACAAUAAACAUCAAUAGCAAAUUGUCUCAGACCUCAAAGUUCUGACAAUACUUCUGGGAAUGCAAGGAGGCUACACUAAGCAUCCGUGCUAUUUCUGCGAAUGGGACAGUCGUGCCAAGGAUCCUUACAAGUGUAGCGUGUGGCCUCCGAGAAAGGGGUUUCAAAUUGGAAUUAAAAAUGUUCUCAAUAUCCCAUUAGUAAAACCUGAUAACAUUAUCUUGCCGCCAUUGCACCUAAAGUUGGGCUACAUGAAACAAUUUGUAAAACGACUCGACAAAAACAGCGAGUCAUUUCUGCACCUGGAAACAGUUUUUCCCAAACUAAGUGAUGCUAAAAUAAAAGAAGGCAUUUUCAUCGGACCCCAGAUUCGCAAGCUGAUGAUUGAUGAGAAUUUUGUCGAAAAACUGAACGAAGUAGAAAAGAGAGCAUGGCUGAGUUUUAUCUUGGAAAUGAAAGAAGUUCUAAUUAUAAGGAAGUGGUUCAAGAGUUUUUGGAAGCUUAUGGAGAAAUGGGAUGCAAAAUGUCAAUCAAGAUACAUUUUUUGCACUCUCACUUGGAUUUCUUCCCGGAUAAUCUGGGUCAGUUUAGCGACGAGCAAGGUGAACGAUUUCACCAGGAAAUCUCGGCAAUAGAAAAGCGCUUUGCUGGAAAAAACCACGUUAAGAUGAUCGCUAAUUACUGCUGGUCGCUCAAACGUGAAACCGACGACCUUUAUUAUAAGCGCAAAAGAUCCAGGAAACAUUUUUAAUUCGAAUUGGUUGAGGUAUGUAGUUAGCGAGCAUCUUAAAGUGGUUUUUUUUUUUUAUCUUGAUUAACAUUUUGCAUCCCAUUUCUACAUAAGCUUCCAAAAGUAAUUAGCUAACAUCUUAACCAUUGUUAAACAUUUCCCAUUGUUUUGUAUAACGUGUUCUAAUGAGUGCAAAAUUUUAUGAAAAAUAUAUAUGUUAUCAAUCUAACUAUCGCUAAAAACGACUGUUUGCUAUCUA